AGCAUGAAUCCUGAAUAUGAUUAUUUAUUCAACUUACUUUUGAUUGAAUCUGGGCUUGGAAAGUCUUGCCUCCUCCUUAGGUUUGCAGAUGACACAUACACAGGAAGCUACAUCAGCACGAUUGGUGUGGAUUUCAAGAUCCGAACUAUAGAAUUAGACGGGAAGACAAUCAAGCUUCAGAUACGGGACCCAGCAGGCCAGGAAAGAUUUCGAACAAUCAGCUCCAGUUACUACAGAGGAGCCCAUGGCAUCAUAGUUGUGUAUGAUGUGACAGAUCAGGAGUCCUUCAAUGAUGUUAAACAGUGGCUGCAUGCCAAUGAAAAUGUCAACAAGUUGUUGGUAGGGAACAAAUGUGACCUGACCACAAAGAAAGUAGUAGACUACACAACAGCGAAGGAAUUUGCAGAUUCCCUUGGAAUUCCAUUUUUGGAAACCAGUGCUAAGAAUACAACAAAUGUAGAACAGUCUUUCAUGACGAUGGCAGCAGGGAUUAAAAAGUGA